UGCCAGCUGGGGAACCGGGGCUCCCCUCUUACCAGCAAGGAUCAGACUGUGCCACAAACCAGGUUUUGAGCAUGUCACCUCAAGUAGGAAAGUGACCCACAGAACCACAUACCAGGGGACAUACCAGAGACUGUGGGCGUGGGGAUGGUGACAUGAUCCUCCCAUGACGCGGGAGCGAAAGACUGAGGUGGAUGAGUUGGACCAGGCCUUCAAGCAGUUCAACAGAGAGGCGAGCCCACUAGGAGUGGGGGGCGGUGGGUGUUGGGCAGGCAAGCAGAGUGGGAGGAGCUCUUGUUGGUUGUACCCCCACCUCCUUGUGGUUCAGGGAUCAAACCUAGGCUGGAUCACUAUAAGUUCUCCCCGUGGUGUGAACAGUUAUGGCCCAUGCACAUGCACUGUGACCGUAAGCAGGUCUGAAAGGGGAAACCCCCAGUGCAGUUCAGGUGUCAGUAUCAUUGUUUUAUUUUCUGCUUGAUUUUUCAAGUGCAUUUUCUUCAAAUUAAGUUUUUACUAUGAAGCAGUCCUGUACCUGCAGCCUUGGCCUCCUUGUGCUGAGGAAAGCUCAGACCAGAAAGGUACCAGCCCCAGGUUGACCAUGGCUGGCAGUGAGGUUCAGGACACAUGUGUCACCAGGGGCGGCUCACUUUUCCAGUACCACUGGUUCCCGUGGAAAUGGUGACAUUUUCUGCCAGGAUGAGUUUCAUUAGCGUAGAAAGUGAAACCAGCUGACUGACCUGUUAGAUCCAGUUCUUCUGGAGCAGCAGAUCUGCUAACGCUUUCUUUUGGUGGCCAGGUGUAGACAGACCUAGAGCUAGAAGUGAGGGGCUGAGGGCCACCUGUACUUGCUCCUCCCUGCUAUGUCCUGUGAUGGGAGUGCCCUUGGGGGAACAGAGACAUGAGAGCAGCGAGCCAGCUAAUGCAGAGGCCCUGAGACAUGGAGGGGGUGUGGAUGUCGAGGUGCCUGGCAGGUAACUGCAGGAUGCAGCCAUGAAGGAGCCCCUUUCACCCCAGAAAGGGCACCAGCCUUUAGCAUCCAAAUGUGCAGAGAAACUUAGCUCUUGUUUGUGUUCUGAAGGUCUGUAUGGACCACCUUACCAUCUCCAUCUUGGCCUGGUGACUGUGGCCACCCUGCUGAGUGUGACGUGGCUGUAGCAGAUGGGCCUGACGACAGCUGGUUGUGAAUCCACCAACCCAGAACAUGAACCUGGGCCCCGGAGGGCUGAGUCAGAGCGGCUCCAGCCAGGGCCUGCACCCCCAGGGCAGCCUCAGCGACGCCAUCAGCACUGGCCUGCCCCCGGCCUCCCUCAUGCAAGGCCAGAUUGGCAAUGGUCCAAACCAUGUGUCCAUGCAGCAGACAGCACAGAGCACGCUUCCUACGACCUCCAUGAGCAUGUCGGGUAGUGGCCAUGGCACUGCGCCUGGCUAUAGCCACUCAGGACCUGCCUCGCAGAGUGUCCCCAUGCAGGGCCAAGGAGCCAUCGGCAACUAUGUGUCUCGGACCAACAUCAACAUGCAGUCCAACCCAGUUUCCAUGAUGCACCAGCAAGCGGCCACAUCACACUACAACUCAGCGCAGAGCGGAAGCCAACACUACCAGGGGCAGUCAUCCAUCGCCAUGAUGGGCCAGGGUGGCCAGGGGAACAGCAUGAUGGGGCAGCGGCCCAUGGCACCCUACCGGGCCUCCCAGCAAGGCUCUUCCCAGCAGUACCUGGGCCAAGAGGAGUACUACAGUGAGCAGUACAGCCACAGCCAGGGUGCCUCGGAGCCGAUGAGCCAGCAGUACUACCCGGAUGGCCAUGGCGAUUACGCCUACCAGCAGUCAUCCUACACGGAGCAGAGCUACGACCGCUCGUUCGAGGAGUCCACACAGCACUACUACGAGGGGGGGAACUCCCAGUACAGCCAGCAACAGGCCGGGUACCAGCAGGGCACAGCCCAGCAGCAGACAUACCCCCAGCAGCAGUACCCCAGCCAGCAGAGCUACCCUGGGCAGCAGCAAGGCUAUGGGCCUGCCCAGGGAGCCCCCUCGCAGUACUCCAGCUACCAGCAAGGACAAGGCCAGCAGUACGGAAGCUACAGAGCGUCGCAGACAGGACCCUCUGCCCAGCAGCAGCGCCCCUACGGCUAUGAGCAGGGCCAGUAUGGAAAUUACCAGCAAUAA